UUUUAUUUUACUCAAUGUCUGCAAUUGUACCAAAAAAAAAAUCAUAUAAUAUAAAUUCCCACCUCCUAUGAAACCAAAGCAAGGUCUGCCAUCGACAAGCACAGGAUAAGAAAAUGGAGAAGAUAGAACACAUAACAGUAUUCACAAAUGGCAUCAACAUGCACAUAGCAUCAAUAGGGACAGGCCCUGAAAUCCUCUUCCUACACGGCUUCCCUGAACUCUGGUACUCAUGGCGACACCAACUUCUUUCUCUUUCCUCACUUGGUUACCGUUGCAUAGCCCCCGAUCUUCGUGGCUAUGGAGACACUGACGCACCUCAAUCUGUGAAUCAGUACACUGUUUUGCACAUUGUGGGAGACCUGGUGGGGCUCCUUGACUCGCUUGGGAUCCAGCAGGUAUUUUUAGUGGGUCAUGACUGGGGGGCCUUCAUAGCCUGGUAUUUCUGCAUAUUUAGACCUGAUAGAAUCAAGGCCUUGGUCAACACGAGCGUUGCCUUCAUGCCUAGGAACCCACAAGUAAAGCCUCUGGAUGGACUCAGGAGUAUGUUCGGCGAUGAUUAUUAUAUCUGCCAAUUUCAGAAACCUGGAAAGGCUGAAGAAGACUUUGCUCAAGUUAAUACUGCCAAAUUGAUUAAAUUGCUUUUUACAUCUCGCGACCCAAGGCCACCGCACUUUCUUAAGGAAGUAGGACUCAAAGCUUUACAAGAUCCUCCGAGCCAGCAGUCUUGGUUGACAGAAGAAGAUGUCAAUUUCUACGCCUCCAAAUUUAACCAGAAAGGCUUCAGAGGAGGAUUGAAUUAUUAUCGAAAUAUCAACAUGAACUGGGAGCUUGCAGCUGCAUGGACAGGGGUGCAAAUCAAAGUGCCAGUGAAGUUUAUCAUAGGAGAUCUGGAUCUUACCUACCACUUUCCUGGUAUCAAGGAGUAUAUACACAAUGGUGGCUUCAAGAAAGACGUGCCCCUUCUGCAUGACGUGGUUGUAAUGGAAGGAGUAGCUCACUUUCUCAACCAAGAAAAGCCAGAGGAAGUUAGUAAACACAUAUAUGACUUCAUUAAGAAGUUCUGAUCAGAAAUGAUGGCCUUGUGUGUGUUAGGCCCUGGGUUUUGUUAACUAGCUCUUCCUUAACUUCAAUUGAAUAAAUGCUCCAUCUAGUCUCUCGGGGCUUGUAAAAUGCCAUAGAAAGUUCAUAUCCCGUCAAUCUUCUUUGCUUUUAAUGGAAUUUUUCUUUGAUUUCAUCUUAA